AGUCCAGACAGCGCUGUGGUCUUGGGCGCUAGGGGCCCAGAAAACUACGUGGCCCAGCAUGCAGCAGUCAGCGUUCUCACGGGUACUACACUUCCCAGAAGGCAUUUUGUCCCGCAGUGUUUUCUGGGAUGGGAACCACGCCGCCUCCCAGCCUGGGUGCUACGAGGGAAGCGCGGACCUUUCAACAAGAGCUUUAUUAAUUUCCACGCUGGGACCCUGGAGAGCCAUGGAGGUGGCUGCUAAUUGCUCCCUCCGAGUGAAGAGACCGCUGUUGGAUCCCCGAUUCGAGGGUUACAAGCUCUCCUUAGAGCCGCUGCCCUGUUACCAGCUGGAGCUUGAUGCAGCUGUGGCAGAAGUAAAACUUCGAGAUGAUCAGUAUACACUGGAACAUAUGCACGCUUUUGGAAUGUAUAAUUACCUACACUGUGAUUCAUGGUUUCAAGAUAGCGUCUACUACAUUGAUAACCUUGGAAGAAUUAUGAACUUAAAAGUAAUGCUGGACACUGCCUUAGGAAAACCCCGAGAGGUAUUUCGACUUCCUACAGAUUUGACAGCUUAUGACAAUCGCCUUUGUGCAUCUGUCCAUUUCACAUCUUCUAGCUGGGUUGCCUUGUCAGAUGGAACUGGGAGAUUGUAUCUCAUUGCAACAGGUGAACGUGGAAAUAGUGAUUCUGAAAAAUGGGAGAUAAUGUUUAAUGAAGAGCUUGGGAAUCCUUUUAUCAUAAUUCAUAGUAUCUCUUUGCUGAAAGCUGAAGAACAUUCAGUAGCCACUCUACUUCUUCGAAUAGAGAAAGAAGAAUUGGAUAUGAAAGGAAGUGGUUUCUAUGUUUCUUUGGAGUGGGUCACUAUCAGUAAGAAAAAUAAAGAAAAUAAAUAUGAAAUUAUUAAGCGUGAUAUUCUCCGUGGCAAGUCAGUGCCACAUUAUGCUGCUAUUGAGUCUGAUGGGAAUGGUCUGAUGGUUGUCUCCUACAAGUCCUUCACAUUUGUAAAAGGUGAUCAAGAUCUUGAAGAAAAUAAGGAUGAAGUCAUGUCAGAGAAAAUCAAAGAACCUUUGUAUUAUUGGCAACAGACUGAAGAUGAUUUGACAGUAAUAAUACGGCUUCCAGAAGAUAGUAAUAAGGAGGACAUUAAAGUACAGUUUUUGCCUGAUCGUAUCAACAUUGUGGUAAAGGACCAGAGGUUUUUGGAAGGAAAUCUCUAUUCAUCUAUUGAUCAUGAAAGCAGUACAUGGAUAAUAAAAAAUAAUAAUAGCUUGGAGAUUUCUUUGAUUAAGAAGAAUGAAGGACUAACAUGGCCAGAGCUAGUAGUUGGUGAUAAACAAGGGGAACUUAUAAGAGACUCUGCCCAAUGUGCUGCAAUAGCUGAGCGUUUGAUGCAUUUGACUUCUGAAGAACUGAAUCCAAAUCCAGAUAAAGAAAAACCUCCUUGUAAUGCCCAAGAAUUAGAAGAAUGUGAUAUUUUCUUUGAGGAGAGCUCCAGUUUAUGCAGAUUUGAUGGUAUUACAUCCAAAACUACUCAUGUGGUGAAUCUUGGAAGCAACCAGUACCUCUUCUCUGUCAUAGUGGAUCCUAAAGAAAUGCCCUGCUUCUGUCUGCGCCAUGAUGUUGAUGCCCUCCUCUGGCAGCCACACUCCAGCAAACAAGACGACAUGUGGGAACACAUAGCAACUUUCAAUGCUUUAGGUUACGUUCAAGCAUCCAAGAGAGACAAAAAAUUUUUUGCCUGUGCUCCAAAUCACUCUUAUGCAGCCCUUUGUGAGUGUCUCCGUCGAGUAUUCAUCUAUCGUCAGCCCACCCCCAUGUCCACUGUACUUUACAACAGAAAGGAAGGCAGACAAAUAGGGCAGGUUGCUAAGCAGCAAGUAGCUAGCAUAGAAACCAAUGAUCCUAUUUUAGGCUUUCAAGCAACAAAUGAGAGAUUAUUUGUUCUCACUACCAAAAACCUCUUUUUAAUAAAGGUAAAUACAGAGAAUUAAUUACUCAACUUACUGGCUUCUCUAUACUGGAAAAAUAUUCAGUGGAAGCUGGAAAGCUGGGCAGUUAUAAUCAAUUAAGUUUUAAUGUGUUAAAUAAAAACAUCUUGUAUGAAUUUAUUUUUUAAAGGGAUUUAGAAAUAUAUGUAAGAGAUUAUGAUUUUAUAAAAGCUGUGGAAUGAAGCUGUAAAUUUAGAGAACAUUGGCUUCUGUAAAAAAAAAAUGUAAAGAUAGCAUUAGCAUGUAUAAUUAAUUUUUAAAAACAGAUUAGACUCCCAUCUUUUAUAUGAAAUGUACAAUUCAAUGUUUAAAAAUAAAAAUAUUUCUCGUGUA